AACUUUAUAUCUCUAAUGGGAGGCUUUCUGCCUAUGGAUUUGGUGGUUAAAGGCGCAUUUGAGCUUAUUACGGACGAAACUAGAGCUGGUUCGUGCUUACAGAUCACAAAUCGCAGAGGCUUGGAGUAUUGGCCCACUCCAAUGGAAGAAGCAAAAUACUUGUUGCGUUCUUCCUCAAGUUCCAGGAAAAAUAUGUCAUUUAAAGCUCCUUUGAAUCUUCAACUUCCUCAGAGUUUUGAGAAAAUAGUUGUGCAUACCCUGAGCCAUCAUUUCCGUAAUGCAACGCAGAUAGUUCGUGUGCCAUUGAGACUACCCAUUGAACCAAACCAUGUUCUUGUGAAAAUAAUUUAUGCCGGUGUAAAUGCUAGUGAUGUGAACUUCAGCUCAGGUCGUUAUUUCGGUGGCAACAAUGGAGACCUCAGUUCCCUUCUUCCAUUUGAUGCUGGAUUUGAGGCGGUUGGAAUAAUUGCAGCAGUUGGAGAUUCUGUAAGGGGUUUGAAAGUUGGUACUCCUGCUGCAGUCAUGACUUAUGGAAGUUAUGCUGAAUUUAUAAUGGUUCCAUCAAAACAUAUCCUUCCUGUUGGGAGACCAGACCCAGAAGUGGUUGCAAUGCUUACUUCAGGGUUAACAGCAUCAAUUGCUUUGGAAAAGGUUGGACAAAUGGAAUCUGGAAAAGUAGUACUUGUUACUGCUGCUGCAGGAGGUACUGGGCGGUUUGCAGUCCAGCUUGCAAAAUUAGCCGGGAACAAAGUUGUUGCAACUUGUGGUGGUAAAGCAAAGGCUAUGCUUUUAAAGGAGCUUGGAGUUGAUCGAGUCAUAGACUACAAAGUUGAAGAUGUCAAAAAUGUUCUUAAGAAGGAGUUCCCAAAAGGAGUUGACAUCAUCUAUGAAUCUGUUGGUGGAGACAUGUUUGAUUUGUGUUUGAAUGCUUUGGCUAUCCAUGGACGACUCAUUGUUAUUGGAAUGAUUUCUCAGUAUCAAGGACAGCAUGGCUGGAAGCCAUCAAAUUAUACCGGAUUAUGUGAGAAGCUUUUCGCCAAAAGCCAAACUGUGGGCGGUUUUUUCCUGAUACAAUACAGUCACUUAUGGAAAGAACAUCUGGACAGACUAUUUCAUCUCUACUCUUUGGGAAAGCUCAAGGUCAAAAUAGACCCAAAAAGAUUCUUGGGCCUCAAUGCCAUUGCAGAUGCUGUUGAGUACCUCCAUUCGGGUAAAAGUGCUGGCAAGGUUGUGGUUUGCAUUGAUCAAACUUUUGCUCAACAAAUUGCAAAACUGUGAUGCAAAUGGUUGACAAUCAUCUUCCCCGAUGAGAGUCUGUCAAUAUUCAAAUAACAUAUGAACAAGAAGAAAUUUCGUAGUAUAUUUCAUAAGCCAUGAUAUGUCGGUUGGAAUAAGAAGUCGUUGCUGGGGAAACACAAAGCUGAGAAAAUGUGCUGAGAGUUGUAUAAACACUGAAUUCUGCUUGAAGUUAAUUAAUUAUAGGUAAGGAAAACAUAAAAGAGUAGAAAACAUAAAUCUUCUUGAAUUAAUUCCUUCUCUGAGUCUGUAUUUUGUAUGUGAAACCUGAAAUGAUCUUUGCUGCCCCUAUUUCUGUGGACACUAGAAGUUUCAGAUGUUCUGUAAGAGUUUGAGGGACAAAUAAGCUGGCUGUUGUGUU